CACUGAUUGCAAACUGCCUGCAGCAUGCUGUGGAACCUGGAGGAAUAUUUCCUAUAACCACAGGACCAGGUAUUCGAACUUCAUAUCAACAGCGAAAGUGAUGUCUAUAUUCCAAGAAAACUACUCAAGUCUGGAACUGUCUCAGUUUCAAAGGGAUCUCCCUCACAAUUUAGACCAUGGAGAAACAAACAACCAAAACCAUACCAACCAUAACUUGACAUUCUGUGAUAUUAACCCCAUGGAUUGCAACCUGACUUCAGAGGAGCUUCUGUUCAAGUACCUGGGCCCCCGUAGGUCUAAUUAUUUCAUCCCUAUUUGUGUGGUGUAUCUGCUGAUCUUUACAGUUGGUGUAGUAGGGAAUACUCUGACUUGUAUUGUGAUUCUCAAACACAAGAUCAUGAGAACUCCUACCAACUACUAUCUGUUUAGCCUUGCCAUCUCCGACUUGCUUGUACUCCUCCUGGGAAUGCCAUUGGAGCUUUAUGAGCUCUGGAGUAACUACCCAUUCCUGUUUGGGAAAGGUGGCUGCUCCUUCAAGACAUUACUGUUUGAAACGGUGUGCUUUGCGUCCAUCUUGAAUGUUACGGCUCUUAGUGUGGAGAGAUUUAUCGCUGUAGUGCAUCCUCUUCGAGCAAAGUAUGUGGUGACCAGGAAUCAUGCCAAGAGAGUAAUAAUAACUGUGUGGGUUAUGUCUGUUUUAUGCUCAAUUCCAAACACCAGCCUUAAUGGUAUCACGCACCUGAAUGUGGUGGGCCUUGGCACAAUACCUGGCACUGCUGUCUGUACUGUGGUGCUGCCUCGAUGGAUUUACAACCUCGUCAUCCAGAUUACUACUAUUGUCUUCUUCUUCCUGCCAAUGGGGACUAUUAGUGUUCUCUAUCUUCUCAUUGGCCUCCGGCUCAAAAGGGAAAAAAUGCUCCAAGUUUUAGAGGCUAAAUCUGGGGAUGGAGAUACUUACCAAAACGUGCGACUGCAGCAGGAAAAGAUUCGGAGGAGACAGGUGACUAAAAUGCUGUUUAUCCUGGUGGUGGUUUUCGGAAUCUGCUGGGCCCCCUUUCACACAGAGCGGCUAUUCUGGAGCUUUAUUGAAAACUGGACAAGCUAUAUGCAUCAGGUAUUCUCUUUUGUGCAUGUGAUCUCUGGGGUGUUAUUUUACCUCAGCUCUGCCGUUAACCCCAUCCUCUACAACCUCUUAUCUACACGAUUCCGCGAGAUGUUCAAAGAAGUCAUGUGCCACGGAAGAGCAAAGAGGCUGGGUUCUAGACGAUCUUCUCCUAGCGUCACACGUGUGACGACACGAAGCACAGUCUCUGAGCAUAUACCCGAAAAUGGGCUUCCUUUCAAUGAUGUGGAUGAAUCUGAUGUUUAUCUGGAGUGCAAUAAUGUGACAAAAACGUCUUUUCACUGAACGCCUUUGGAAUAUUAUCCUACAUGCAGCAAUUCCUUCCGGCUGCACCAGACCACAAUCUUCAUUCCACUAGAUACUCUGAUCAAGGCCAAACUUUGUGCUUUCCCAUGCUUCCAUUAGUUGACAAGUACUAUGGCUAAGGAUACCAGGUCCACCAUGUUUCCCCCGGACCAUUUAGAAUUUACAUGGUAAAUGGCAACACAUUAAAAAUGCUACCAUGUAAGACGUAACAUUCAUAAGCUAUAGGAGGGCUUUGGUAAAUUAAACAACCAUUUGGUUUGGAAUUCCUCUUUGAUUGCAGCAUUGAAAUCCUUCAUGUCCAAAAUUAACUCUACAUACUGAACGUAGUAGGUCUUUCCAUGUGCUCACUGCAAGUAUA